GUCUUGGCAUCUUUUUUUAUCCUCCCAUAAAUGUACGUCCAUCGCAACAACGACAAUACCCAGCCGUACACAUCGGCCACCGAACAAUGCCGAAACAGUACAAGCAGUACGGGAACAAGACGAAUUACCAGACAAUCAUCCAUCAGCAUACCAUCACAGCAGUUUUACAAUAAGAAGCGUAGAUCAAUACGACUUAAUGCUGCCGCCCCCUUAUCAAGCAACAGCUCCCUUACUCGCUGCUCAAGAAGGAAGCGACGGCGACAACGAAGAAAACACAACACUCGCCCACUCCUCGCCACCAUUACAUAAUUUUGUCGAACACACUCACUACUAUGGUGUACCGCAGAGCAUGUAUUUCUCUCCUUAUUGGUUCCUGAUUUCGUUUUCCUUCUUUGUUUUUGGGCUUGCGCUUGUCAUUACUUCAGUUGUCGUAAUCAAACAGUGCAUCGUUGAAUGCACGGACCUCGAGAGCGACGGCAGCAGUAUCAAUGACCUUAAAGCUCAUUGUGACCCAGUUUGCAGAAGGGGAUGGCAAUUGGCCGCUCAAGAUGGCGGUGCAGCGGUUACUGCAGUAGCGGGUCUGGCAACCGUGGCCCAGUUGUUUGCACUGCCCAUGUGGCAGCUACACAUUUGCUUUAAUUCUUGUCGCAAGAGAUGAUCUUCGAAUAAAAUAUUGCAUUUGCCAUACUCA